AUGGCUACCUCAGCUGUGCAGGUUCCCGUGCGCGACCCAUGGUCAUCCACAGACUUCGGAGCCAUCAAUAGAUGGCGUGCGAACGUCAUCAAAAAAGCAGCUGUCCGACCCGCAUCGUCGCUGGACCCAGCUGUUCAGGAAUUCCUCAACCUACUCAACAACAAAGGCCUUGGCCUCGGCGCCCUCGCGAACAGAAUGCUCAGCGAGGUUCCCCCAACCCCGACAUAUGACUACGACCCGAGUGGCAAGUUCGGUCGCAUUCCGAACUACGAGCACAUGGUGCAGUGUAUCAAUCACGUCCUCUACGCGGCACCAGCCUGGGACCACGACGCCUACAAAGCCGGACUGAUCGGCGUGCCGUUCAACGCGCUCUUCAAUUGGCCCAUGGGCACCGAGAGCGGAUACAAGUUUUUCAAAAACGACAAGGUCAACGCAUGUCUGAAAAAGAUCCUCGACGCACAUGGCAACUAUCUCCGUGACCCGACCCAGGACUCGAAGGAGGUUCUCCCGACCUGGUUUGCAGAGGAGCCAUUGCAGAUCAUGACGGAGAAGGCGUCGCCGUAUUGGCCCAACGGAGCGAAGAAAAAGUUCGAGGAUAUCUACGUGUGUGAUCCCAAUGAUAAAUACUGGGGUUUCAUCACUUGGGACGACUUUUUCACUCGCGACUUUCGCAAGGGUGUUCGCCCGGUCGAUCAUCCAGAUAAGAACCACGACCCGCAUGAGCCGAGCAAGGCGGUUAUCGCGAAUGCGUGCGAGUCAGUUGUCUAUCGAUGCGAGGAGAAUGUCCAGAAAAAAGACCGCUUCUGGCUUAAGGGCCAGCCGUACUCGCUGUCCGAUAUGCUGGACUUUGACGAGUCCGUGGACAAGUUUGUCGGCGGUACAGUCUACCAAGCGUGGCUGGCCGCCGAAUGUUAUCAUCGCUGGCACUCUCCCGUAUCCGGCACCGUGAAGAAAGUCAAGAAAGUAAAAGGAACGUACUUCUCCGCCCUGCGCGAGUACGGCUUCCCCGAGGUUUCUGGCGAUCGGAAUAUCCCCGAUCCCUCGGCUCCGAAUCUCUCGCAGCGAUACAUCACCGCUGUGGCCACGCGAGGUUUGAUUUUCAUCGAAGCUGAUAAUCCUACGAUUGGGCUGAUGUGCUUCAUUGCCGUGGGGAUGGAUGAGAUUUCGAGUUGCGAGUUCUCGGUUGGCGAGGGCGACCAGAUCAUGAAAGGAGACGAGCUGGGAACGUUCCAUCUCGGAGGGUCGACUCAUUGUCUAGUCUUCCGGCCAGAGGUUAGGCUGGACUGGACGAGGGAUGCACAGCCCCCGUUCAGUGAUGUUCAAUUUGAUCAGCAUACCAUUAUUCCGGUCAAUUCAUGGCUGGCGUAUGCGGGCCAGGCGUAA